AUGGCUUCCCUCGGGGCCCAGAGCGGCAAAUCGUCUGUCGGCAUGCUCACAAGGCAUCAGUCCUCCUCAGCCGUACAGGAUAUCUCAGACGAGGCUCCAGAAAAUGCGGAAUACACCUCCGACGAUUUGAGGGUGCUUAUGGAUUCACACAGGCCCAUCAAUUUGACUGGAAAUAUAACAAUAAGAAACGUAGCGGAUAGUGUUUCUGGAGGAUUUGCGACUGUGUACAAGGGACAUUUGAAUGACACAGAGGUUGCAGUCAAGGUAACCAGGCUCCGGAAAAAUCGGUAUAAACCAGCACCGUGGGAGCAUUCGCUCGAAAGGCGAAUCAAAAGAGAGAUUAGAGUUUGGGCGGCUCUAUCUCACACAAAUAUUCUGCCUUUCCUGGGAUAUGCCACUGGUUUUGGCGACUUUUUCGCAAUGAUCUCACCAUGGUGUUCCCUAGGGGAUGCGAGAGAUUACCUCGAGGCCCGGGAGGACCUACACUUCGGUGAGCGGGUACAACUGUUACUCGGUGUCUGUGAAGGGCUCGCGUAUCUCCACAAACUCGGAGUUAUUCAUGGGGAUCUAAAACCGGCAUAUUUUCCUCAGAAGAAUGUCCUCAUCAGUGACCAAGGCCACGCUUUGCUGGCAGAUUUUGGUCUUGUCCGACUGGCGAAUUGGGAAGGAGAAGCCGGUAUGACGACCACCUCUCCAUACAGAGCUACCCCUCGCUAUACUCCACCCGAGCUUCUCGUCACGGGCCGAGAUCAUAAUCUGCGCGCAACCAUGAGUGGGGAUGUGUGGGCCGUGGGAUGUCUAGCUCUCGAGUUUCUAGUCGGCCAUCAGCCAUAUCAGCGAAUUCUCACAGCAGAUGAACUUCGGGAGGCCAUGAUCUGCAAACAGUCUCCAGCUAGAUUCUCAGAUCUUCAUCAACUAAAUGAAAUACUGGCGUCAAUGUUAUGGAACUCUUUACUUGUACACGCCUGGCAGCCGGAACCUAUGAAUCGGCCAGAUAUAACUCGUAUUCGGGCGGCCGUUGUAUAUUUAAGAGAUGCAGCCAGACCUCAAGAUCCUAUCGGCGAGAUGAAUGACCGCGAAAUGCAGCUAUCGAUGACACAAGACGGUCAUGGUGCCACAGUACAACCUCGCAGUCAUGGUCGCUGGACCCCUUCGUCAUUAUCGUUAUUACCAGAUUGGUUUGGAGCGGCUGUAGAAGAGUCGGACCCAUCCUACGCCUUUCCAAUGUCUAGCAAUUCGAUCGGCAACUUCAAUGAAGAAUCGAAUUCAUCAACACACUCAGUGUCAUCAUCAGUAAUAUACACCCCUGUAACUUCGAUUCGGCGACCAGAAGCGUCUGCCAUCCAUCGUAACACGGAAGCAGCCAAGAUAACAGACGGACUGGACAGACUCGAGCUUGAAUUACGAUCGACGAGCCGUCCGCCAGUUUUGAAUUUCACUGCCAGCCAAGUCGGCAGAAUAUCUGGACAGACGGAGGGCAGUAAAAAUGCUGGAUUCUCUCGUGGCCAACCUGGUGUGGAUUACUAUAUGAACCCGCCUGGUUUUUACCCUUCUAGGUUAUCUACUCCACCAAUCACACGAACGCCAACAUGCAGUGGCUCCAACUACCUUUCGCUACCCCAACGCAGAGGCGGGAAGGAAUGUUUAUUUCAAAAGGACGUACGCCAGGGAAUGAAAACCGUAGGUUCCACGGGUGCAAACAGGACUGUCUCCCCGGUAAUCCUGGGAAUACCGAGCUAUGCUCAAGCCCGACCUGUUCACUAUGUGGUAUCGUUCGACACUCUUUUAGCCUUAAAUUUAGUAAAGGAAAGCUGGGUUCUCGUCGGUUUGGUGCCGGGAAUCUACACCUCUGCGACCUCGUCAAAAGUAGAUUCGUAUGCAAUCAACCAGACCCCCUCGGAACUCAAAGCAGUCCUUCUCAACAAGGUCGUAGUGGGCAAUGGCUGCAAAGUCAAAACAGACGCGCCGAAAUUCAUUGCUCUACCAAAGGGAUAUCAUUCUGUUCUCGCUGAGCCAAAAAUUCAUAAUUCCCUCUUGCACGACGAAUUGGUGGUCUAUGACGAAAACGCGAUUCGCCCUGUUUACUUGAUUGUGUAUUGA